AUGGAGCAGCUUCGAUUCGACGAUCAAGUUGCCGCUGUCGGUAGUUGCGACUAUGCAUUGUGCAGAUCGAUUGCUACCAAUUUGGCCUCACGUGGCGCUAAAGUUGUUGUUGGCGGAGAAAUCCUUGAAGAUGUCAACGAGUUGGCAGUGGAACUAAAAAAUGCGGGUGGCGACGUUGCUGUUUCGACAGAAAACCUCGUUUCUUCAAUGACUAACCGCGCAUUCGAGAUGUUCGGUAGGAUUGAUAUCGUAGUUUGCUACACGGGUCUUCAUGAACGCAAAUUGAAUUUGAAUACGUCUGAACCGACGAACAAGUACAUUUACGAAUCUCCAGAAGCAUAUUUUGAUCCUGUGUAUCCAACCUGGGAGAAGUUUGUGGAACAAAAUUAUGGGCGCCUUUUGCUUAUCACGGAUACGAUCUCAUUUGAAACAACGUCCGCAGGAUGUGCGGUCGCCAAAAACGCCAUGGUUGAUUUCACGAAAAGCCUUGUGAAGGAAACUAAUAAUCAAUAUGGGUGUCAAAAUGUUAAAUGCAACAUCUUGGCGCCUCGAUUCGAAAACCAACAACCGGAAGUUGACGACUACGAAAACAUAACCCCUUUGGCCAUUUACUUGUGCCAUAAACAAUUGGAAGAAACCGGUCAGUUCUACUAUGCAGGGGAGAACACUUUUGGAAAGGUCGCGUUCUUUAAAUCAGAAAUUUGCUUUGACGGCAUUACUUCGUGUGAAGAAAUAUUCAAAAGAUGGUCCGAUAUAAACGGUUGGUCUGAAAUCACAGAAGUGUCUUUGUGCGAUCUGGAAAACAUUGAUUCGACACCCCUCAGUCUACAUCACGACAUGAAUAGUCCAAUUGCGGAGAGGUUGCGCAUUUCAUCGCCUGACGAUGGAUUGUUAAGUUCAAGUUCAAGUGAGCAAAAACCUUGCUCAAGGAGUAGCAGUUCUGAUCAGACAAGUGUUCAAACAGGCCACAGUAGCGUGAUGACGGAAUACACAAGGAAACUGAGAGAAAUAAGAAAACAACAUGAGGCAAACUACAAGCCGCCUUCGCCUCGCCCAUUCUACGUUCCGUCCGUGUUGAUUGGAUAUAAUAUCGUCAAGCGAGGAAAGAAGUUGGUUACUUUCAUCUUCGAUUUCGAGCGAUCUCCUGUAAAAGUCUACACCGAAAUCUGUCCUCAUGCCUAUGAUGUCUAUGAAAUCACAGAAGCCGAUUUUUUGGCUGAAAUUAAAGAAAAAAUGAAUGCGAAAGGGAUUACCGAUGAUGAAAUGGAAUUCCAAUGUAUUAUGAGAAUGCUUACUUCAAGAAUUUCAUAUGCAAAUGACAAUUCCUAUGAUGAUAUUUUCAAAAUGAAAUCGAAAAAUGGGCCUCACUAG